AUGGAAAAAGAUAACUUUAAUGAUGAUUUCAAUAGUGAAAUCAAUACAAUUGAAGAUGAAAAUAAUAUAAAUGAAAAAAAUGGUAAUACAAAUAAGAAUAUAAAUAAAAAUGAUGGUAAUGAUAAUAAUUUCGAUAGUGAAAAUGAUACAAAUGUUACAAAUGAAGAUAAUAAUAGAAAUGAAAUUGAUAGUGAUAAUGAUGCAAAUAGAACUUUUCAUUAA